CUAGUAAUGGCUGACGGAGAAGAGAAGAGCUCUGAUUUUUAUGCUGUUUUGGGUUUGAAGAAGGAAUGCACUGCAACGGAGCUAAAAAAAGCAUAUAAGAAGCUCGCUUUGCGAUGGCAUCCAGACAGAUGCUCAGCGUCAGGAAAUUCCAAACACGCGGAUGAAGCGAAGAAAAAUUUCCAGUCAAUACAAGAAGCUUAUUCCGUUCUAUCAGACUCGAAUAAGAGAUUCCUGUACGAUUUGGGAGCAUACGACGAUGACGAUGAUGAUGACGAAAAUGGAAUGGGCGACUUUUUGGGUGAAAUGACGGUGAUGAUGAGCCAGACCAAUAAGUCCAGUGGGAAAGGACAGGAGAGUUUCAAAGAUCUUCAGGAACUGUUCGAUGAAAUGUUCCAGAGUGACAUGGAUGCUUUCCAUCCCGCCUCCUCUCAGGGCGCCUCUUUUUCUUCUUAUUCUUCUAUUACUACCCACAUCGACAAUAGCAAGGAGAACAAGAGAGCUUGCUCCGGGCUGAACUCCGAGAGAUCAAGCAGUUUCGAUGCAGAAUCCAUGGAAAUUCCCAGUUUUUGUAUAGGAGUAAGCCAGGCAAAGGGGAGGGAAGAUUGCAAGGGGAAAGGUGGAAAGGAAAGACGGAGGAACACUGGUUGGAGGAAAUCAUGAUGCCUCAGGAAAGAGUAAGAAAAAAAAAAAAGGAAAA